AUGUCCGCUGCUGUUAGGGGAGCUGCUUUGCAGCUGGUUAAGCAUCUCGAGAAAUUACCGGAAGAAAGACUAAAACAUAUUGUCUCGCUUAAAGAGUCUCAGUUAGAACGAUUCAAAGCUGUCGCCGGGUUAAAAGCUGGUUCUCAAAAUGCCCAACAAAAGCCUUCGCUUCAAGAGAUCAAAGAUAUCAUCAAUAGAACAUCUGGACCAUUAGGAAUGCCCAAGGAUGUGUUGAGAAAGGUGCAAGAUGCGUUGCCGCAAGAAAAUUUGACUGUGGAAGCUAUCCAAGAGCAGAACCAGUCUCUUGGGCACAUUUUGAACAACAAAUACAGAGACUACUACUCCACAGGCGAUAAACUAUUAAAACCGCAGGGAAAUCCCCAAUAUUACCAACGUCUGAUGGACGAAAUUGAAGGGAAGAAGAAAGAAACAUUCUGGUCGGCUAUGAGGACAGUUGUCUUGGGUAAGUAG